UAAUUAAGUAACAGUCAGAGCCCUGUUCAAGAUGCUCAGAGUUAGAUUCCACAUCGAGCUUCACAAGGCUUGAACCCUGAGAUCAUAAGCCUGAAAUCUUUGCAUUCCAAGAAGUAACAUCCUUUCUGGGCAUUUCAUCAAAUACCUUUCUUUAACUUUCAGAGUUACCCCACGUGGAGGUCUUCCACUUAAACUGAAAUUUGACUAAAUUUGUAGGCGAUAUUAUUCAAAGUUGUCGGCUAGAGUUAAGAAAAUUGGAUUCAUAGUUUGCGGAAAUUACGGAAAAAACCAACCGACAGAAGAUUUAAUGAGACGUUGAGAGAAGAAACGUUGAGAGAGAAAGAAGAUGGGAAGUGAAGAAGUGAAGGUGGUGAGCUUUUGGGUGAGUCCAUUUGGGAAGAGGGUGGAGUGGGCCUUGAAGCUGAAGGGAAUAGAAUAUGAAUACAUAGAAGAAGAUAUCUUCAAUAAGAGCAAUCUCCUUCUCCAGUUAAACCCGGUUUACAAGAAGGUUCCGGUUCUGGUCCAUGCCCACAAACCCAUCGCUGAAUCAUUCAUCAUCCUUCAAUACAUUGAUGAAAUUUGGAAGCAGUAUCCACUGCUGCCACAACAUCCUUAUCAAAGAGCACUUGUUCACUUUUGGGCCGAUUUUGGUGAGCGAAAGCUUUUGGAUACAUCAUGGGUUGCAAUGUGCAGCAGCGGGGAUGACAAGGAAGAGGCUCUGAAAGUAGCUAGAGAAGCAAUGGAGAAGAUUGAAGAAGAGAUAAAGGGAAAGAAGUUUUUUGGAGGAGACAACAUUGGGUACCUUGACCUUGCCCUUGGAUGGAUCUCUUACUGGCUUCCUGUUUUUGAGGAAGUUGGAUCCAUGCAGAUAAUGGACCCACUGAAAUUUCCAGCCACCACUGCAUGGAUAACCAAUUUUCUGAGCCACCCUGUGAUCAAGGACAACUUGCCCCCAAGAGACAACAUGCUUGUUUACUUCCACAGUCGCAGAAAGGCACUUUCUUCAUCUUUUCAGGGUUGGUUCAAGGUUUAGAUAUAUUCUUCUCUCUUCGUGUUUCAUAGAGCAUGCAAAGAUGUUAGAUGUUUGUGGGAUAAGAAUAAGAACAGAAUGAUACUGGCUAUGUUUGUAUUUUGGGUUU